CGCAAGCACUCAAUUCAGCCUUAACAACAUUUGGAUCGUCUCUUGAUGCAAGUUGUGCCUAACGUGCUUUGUAUCCUGUACAUUCAAUGUCUGAUACUCUCGGCAAACUUCGAUAUCGGACCAUUUGUGGCAUUUCUGCACUAUUAAAGCAUAUCUGAGGGCGUUAAGUAAAUGGGCAACGCGCCUAAGCACUAAAUAACCAUGACUGAUAAGGCGACCGUGGAAUUUGCUAUCGACGUUGUCGCAAUCGUUUCAUGUCAAGAUAUCUUUAGAAAUGGAAAGCCAUUCGAGGAUCGUAGCCAAGGCCAAGCGCGCUCGAUAUUCGGCGGCCAUCUGCUCGGUCAAUCGGUCUCAGCCGCUCAGCAGACUCUGCCCAGCACAUUUGAUGUGCAUUCCGUGCAGUCCACGUUCCUAAGGCCUGGACAUAGCAGCAUUGAUGUCGAAUACCAUGUAGAGCGCAUCAUGGACGGCCGCACAUUGGCGUCGCGCUUGGUACGAGCAAAGCAAGGCGGCGCGGUCAUUUACGUGGCUACUAUAGGGUUCCAAAGGCAUGCUGAUCAGCUAGACCAAGUUGCAACUGUGCUCAGAUAUGAGGCGCCAAUGCCCGACUGGGCCAAGAUGACCGAGCCAGACGACAAGAGUUUGACGAGUACGCAUGAUCUGCUGGUGAUUGAUACGGGAUUUCCGAAGGACCUCGUCGGCGCCUUCGUCAACCCCUUCGAUUGGUUUCACCUCCCAAUCGAGAGGAGGCAAGAUCCGACUGAAGUUUGUGCACGCAGCUUCCUCCGUUCUACGCCGCUAUCGACGGAUAAUAGCGCGGUUCACUUGGCGUCUUUCGCCUGGCUGUCAGAUGUGUUUCUGAUAUAUACUGCAAAUUGGGCUAAUCCCAACAAAUUCCCUCUGGGUAUGGCAGGAGUGUCAAUUGAGACUACGGUCAAUCACUCGGUCUGGUUCCAUUUGCCUUCGGCUAGAAUCGAUAAUUGGCUGGCCUGCGAAAGAAAGACGUCUUGGGGAGCUGAUGGUAGAGUCUUGAUACAGCAGUCUUUGUGGAACAAGGCGGACGGCCAACUGGUGAUGACAUGUGUUCAGGAGGCUCUUCUCCGCUUGAAAAGGGCAAAUCUGUAAACGGAGGGACAGCAUAUUAUGGUACCCUCCGAAAACCCUUUGCCGGAUUUAUUUAAUAGGCUCACUACAGACAUUGACAGGGAUCCAUAAACAUAUAGAUAUCUAAUUUUUUCAGAAGGAUUGCAAGGAUGGCCGGUUUGGUGUCAAUACGAGUGUCAAGAGGCUCCAAUGACUUUAAU